UAGCACUGUAGAACAGAGAAGAAAAACUAUUGACAAGCCUGGCUAAAUUCUAGGGUUUUGGACGAGAGUUUUGUGCUGACAGUUGGUUGGGGUUUUCCUUCCGAUUCUGAGUAUAAUGGGAAAGAAUCAGAAGUCAGACCUGGGGAGGGCUUUGGUGAAGCAGCACAACCAGAUGAUCCAGCAGAGUAAGGAAAAGGGUCGGUUCUACAAGAAUCAGCAGAAGAAGAUUUUGGAAUCGGUCACAGAGGUCACCGACAUUGAUGCCAUCAUCGAACAAGCAGACGAGGCUGAGCGUCUCUUCGUCGCCAACCACCCGGCCCCUGACCUCCCCAUUAGUCUGGAUGCAAGCUCUAGCACUAGGGACAUGACGCCAGAGGAGAGGAGAGAUCUUCAGAAGAGAGAGGAGGCGCUGCAUGCUGGCAGCCUGCGAGUUCCACGCAGGCCGCCGUGGAGCGUGAACAUGUCUGUGGAGGAGCUUGAUGCCAAUGAGAGACAAGCUUUCUUGACUUGGCGUCGCAGUCUAGCAAGGCUUGAGGAAAAUGAGAAGCUUGUCCUCACACCCUUUGAGAAGAAUCUUGAUAUUUGGAGACAGCUUUGGCGAGUUGUUGAGCGUAGUGAUUUGCUUGUGAUGGUUGUUGAUUCACGAGAUCCACUUUUUUACCGCUGUCCUGAUCUUGAGGCAUAUGCAAGAGAGGUUGAUGAGCAUAAACGGACAUUACUGCUGGUUAACAAGGCAGAUCUUUUGCCCACUUCUACCAGAGAGAAAUGGGCAGAGUACUUCCAGGCUCAUGAUAUUCUCUUCAUCUUCUGGUCAGCUAAAGCUGCUUCUGCAGCUCUUGAAGGCAAAAAGCUUCGUUCAUCUUUGGAUAUUGAUGAUUUGAAGAAGUCCAGUAACCCAGCUACUAAAAUAUAUGGCAGGGAUGAGCUCCUGGCUCGGUUACAGUCAGAAGCAGAAGAGAUUGUAGAGAGGAGGAGAAAAUCAAGCUCCUCUGACACAGGGCCUUCUGAUAUUCUAUCUCGUAGUGAAAAUGCUUCUGGUAGCUCGUCAUCAAGUAAUGUAAUUGUGGGAUUUGUUGGUUAUCCUAAUGUGGGUAAAAGUUCAACUAUCAAUGCUUUGGUAGGCCAAAAACGGACAGGUGUUACCUCCACUCCUGGGAAGACAAAGCACUUCCAAACAUUGAUAAUUUCCGAUAGGCUAACACUUUGUGACUGUCCUGGGUUAGUUUUUCCGUCCUUUUCAAGCUCAAGAUAUGAGAUGAUUGCCUGUGGGGUGUUACCCAUUGAUAGAAUUACUGAACACAGGGAGGCUGUCCAGGUUGUGGCUGAUAAAGUUCCUAGGCAUGUCAUCGAGGAAGUUUAUAAGAUCACCCUCCCAAAGCCUAAGCCAUAUGAACCCCAAUCUAGGCCUUCUCUAGCGUCUGAACUUCUGAGAACUUAUUGUGCAUCUCGUGGGUAUGUUGCCUCUAGUGGGCUACCUGAUGAAACUAGAGCUGCCCGUCAGAUACUGAAAGAUUACAUUGAUGGGAAGCUGCCUCAUUAUGAAAUGCCCCCUGGAAUUUCGAAUGAGGAUCAAGCUCUGUCCAACCCUGGUAGACAGGACUCGGUUAACUUGAACGAGGCAGAUUCUUGUCAUAAUGAAAAUUCUUCAGAUGUCGAGAGUGAACUUGCACCUAGUGUUGAGCACGUGUUGGAUGAUCUUAAUUCAUUUGACAUAGCUAAUGACCUUGCCCCUAAGAAAGCUACUGUCAAGAAGUCUAAUGCUUCUCACAAACAUCAUAAGAAGCCUCAGAAGAAGAAAGAUCGUUCAUGGAGAGUAGGAAAUGAUGACGGUGAUGGGAUGCCAGUUGCCAGAUUCUUUCAGAAACCAGUAAAUACAGGUCCAGUGAAUAUAUGACGAGGUUACCUAUAUUCUGGCAAUAGCCCGACUGUUCAUCUAUUCUUCCCGGUGCCGGAUAGAUAAAUUAUGGCGGUUGGAAAGUUAGUCAAGUUUUGCGGCAUUGCUGCAAUCGAUGAAAUAUACAGCGACUGAAGUAAGAAAAUGUGUUAUGUUGUAGCAAUAAGUCAUCUUUCUUUUCUUUUUAGUGGGAUGACGAAGGAUGGAAAUUGAAAUUAGUGGUGGGUUAGAAAUAUAUGAGCUAACAGGGGCAUGUUAUGUCGUUUUUCUAAAAUGAUUUCUGUGCAAUGCAUAUUGUCGAAUGACAAGUUCAGGAUAAGGUCUCGUGGAAAGAUGAAGCACCUUGAUUUCAUUUUCAAGUAAAAUAUUUUUUGAUUA